AAGCUAUAAUCACGCUUUCAGUACUGUAAAUGCGGCAGAAGUAUGAGCCAAGAUUAGCCGUUAGAUACAUAGCUUUAUGAAAAACAUGCCUAUAUAGCCUGGGUUGCCUGUUUUACGACGCACCGAAAAUUUAUUGAAUAACCGGUACCCUGGCAGAGCACCGCAUUAGUACCUCAAGUCAGCGUUUGAGAUAUGCAUGCUAAAUGGUUUUUUAUCUGGCUCGCGUGCUGCGUGCUGGUCGGUGCGUGGACACAGACGCCUGAGAUUACAGAGUGUUCAAAACAGCAAUAUUUUCGGGUUAGCAACGUCACCAUCACUGACGCAACAAUUUAUCAAACUAUGACCGCAAGGUUCACGCUAGCACUGACAAAAACACUAGGAAACAAACCAAAAAUCAAGCUGACGUUGAGGAGAAAGAGCGGGAUCAAAAUUCCUUGCUUAUUUGGAUACGGCAGUUGCACAUAUAAGCUCUGUAAAGGAACCACCGAACAGGAACAGGCCUUAGCGAGUAUGUGGGGGAACCGGUGCCCAGUCCCAACGUUCGAGGAGACACCAGUAAUCAACUUCCCGAUGCGUCCUGCGAUAAAUAUGAUUACAGGCAUUCCACCGACGAAGAUUACAAUCCGGUUUAAAGUGACUAACGGUGAGCAAAAGUUUAGGCUGAGCGACGUGACUGUCGAGGAUGCCACGAUCGGGAGAACGAUGACAGUCAACUUUACUCUCACGGUGACCGAAGAACUUGCGGACGAGCCGAAACUGGAAGUGACCGUCAUCAAACAGAACGGCAGAAAAGUUUCCUGCCCACCGAGGGGAGGGGCGUGCGUCUACAGGCUUUGCGGGGGAACCAGCAAUGAGGAGAAGUUCCUCGGACAGUUGUGGAACAACGAGUGUCCGGUUCCCGCGGCGGAAAGGAGGGAGUCAACCAGCGCACGGUUGGACCCUAUGAUACAGUUCGUUAUUGGUCGGGCACCGACGACGAUCACAGUCGAAUACAAGGUGAAGAACGGCGGCGCAACGGUUGGAUGCCAGUCGUUUCAAGUUCGUAUAGAUGCUCCUUGA